ACCUGAAUGAAUUCACGAUCAUUCACGAUGUUCACGAUGGUGUUGAUCAUAAGUCGGUGAGAGAGUUAUUUAGUAGAGGCGGAUCGAAAAUAUGCCAGUUAUAACAGUCUCGUAACGAAUUAAAUGAUCUCUGAAAUGAAGUAAAUGUAUUAAAUAAUAAUUUAUUCGAAACUCAACGUUCAGAUGAAAACAAUUUAUUUUAAAUUCGAUGUAUUGGCGAGGUUAUGCAUUGAAUGGUUGCAAUCAGUUAUGUACAAUUCUUAUUCUGACAGAGGCAAUUGACGAUGUUGCAGACGCUACUUAAAUAGAAGAAAUUAUGUGUAAUCUCCUAACGUCAGCUAUGGAGACUAAAGUAACUAGUAAGACCAGCAGCUUGAAAGCUUUGCUGUUAAGGGCUUGGAGGGAACGUUGGAGUGACUUACAAUGGGGCAUCAAUAUAAAAACUAUUUUACCAAGAGGUGUCAGUGGAGAUGUAUAUAAUUUAGCAGAUUGUAUAUUACAACAAGCCUUAGUCGGACUCGGUCCAAAUCAAUUAGUAUUAUCGUACUUGAAACACUCUCUAAGUUCUCAGUUGGUCUCCUACGCUGCUGUGUUGCAACGAAUAAGCAAAUACGAUGCUUUCCAUAAGCCCCAUUGCAUCGUGAGCCUCCUAGAAUUUUUAGAAUCGAUCCAAGUAGGGAUAACGUGUCGCGGAAAACCGGAAGAAGAUCUCCUCGCAGCUGCCGUAUUAUCAAUAGUACAUUGGCUGUUACAGUGUUAUUUAUACACGUUAACUAAAAUGCCACAGAAUAGCCCGUUAACUCCCCAGCCGACGAAAUUAAUGGACAAACCUGCGAGUAUAUUAAAGCAGAUGCUCAGUUCCGAUUUCCUCUGUGCGAUGAUGUACUUAGCCAAGUAUGAUGACAAAGAUUUGUACAUAGAAGUUGUGAAGAAGUGUCAGGAGAUCGAAGCGUUAUUAAAAACCAGUAGCUUAAAGUCUUCUGUUCCGAUAGAAGACUCGUUGAAGAAACUGUGCAAUCUAGAAGUCGACUGUUUAGCUCUUUCGCCUGAAAUGACUCAAAUGGAAUCUAUCACUUACUGCCUGCAGCCGUUGUUCGCGGCUCAAGUGUUGAUUAAUCCGAGUACCGAGACGUCUGUGUUUGUCAAUCAGAUGCUGAUGGUCCAGAGACUGAAGAAUUACACGAACCCUAGACUGUACUGCGAGAUAAUUCGCGCCUGCUUGAUGUGCCUGCACAACGUGGCGCCGAGCACGAUGGAGCAAUCACAAUGGGGCGCGAUCCUGUUUCUUAAAUUACCAAAUAUUUUGAAAGAAUUGCAAACGAUACACUCGAACGGCGACGAGAAAUCGGAGUACUCGCAGGAUGUUCUGGAUGCGUUUGAAUUAUUACUGCAUUUGACUCCGCUAUUGGAUAAAGUGGACAGUGCCUGUUCCUGCAACUCUGUGGAAUGUUUGUUAAACGCGUUGCAGAAGUUGAAUCUGGUUACGGAGAAACAGGCGAAACAGUUGAGUAGCCGGAGAGAAGGCGUGCUGGCGAGUUUGCCGAAGUUAGAAUCGUCGACACCGUCGCCUUGCAUCCCAAAAGUAAUGUCCCGUGCGGAGGCAACAUUAGCCGGUCUCCUGAAAACUCUGAACGCGGAUUAUACGAAGAUUCACGAAGCAUUGCUCGGUAUGCUGUGCCAGAUUCUAAGUGGCAAAAGCUUCGAGUUAAUGCUGGCGGUGGCUAAUGUCGAGGGCAAGAUGAAAACGUUCGUUACCAAGUUAAUUAAGUUCAACGAGGGCAGCAAACAGAUCGCCGAACCUGUUUCGCAGUCGACGAAAAAUGUAGCAACGAGGGCGAUGCUGUUUGAGAUAUCAUUCCUCAUGUUAUGUUCCAUCGUGCAAAUCUACGGGCCCGAUGUAGUUUUAGAAGAAGGAGGAGGAGGUGAUUCCUUUUUCGAGCAAUGGGUACGCGAGUGCAUGCCCGCGCGGGACCAACCGAAGUCCCCUCAAAAGAUACUGCAAAACGUCGAUCCCGCGAGGGUCGAUGCAUUGUUGGCACAGAUCAAUUCUCCAGAGCCUGAUUUUAAAUCGAGCAACAUAAAAUGGCACAUCGCUUGCCAGUCGGCAAUGGGGGUUGUGAAGGAGCUUCUCUUCGCGUGGGAGGGUGACAUGCUCGGAGCUAGCGACGUUAAAAGAGCCCUAGACGGUCUAAGGGCGAUCGCUUGCUGCUUGCCGGUUUGCGCGGCUGCCUGGCUCUGCGCGUACAUGAGCAUCACUCAUCAGGACGCUCUUCUAAAGCCGAUGAACAUGGUCCAGCACUUUCUGACGCCGGUUCCAGGAGACGAGUUGCAAGACUACCUUAAAGAACGGUCGCAUUUGAUGUCUCAGAUCAUUCGCAAGAUGCAGUGCGACGUCCACCCGCCGCCCUUAUCGAAAACGAAAGCUGUUUCCAUGUCUCACAAUAUCAUAUCGAGACAGCCAGUGUUAGAGCAAUUGCAGAGCGUUUGGAGAAGUAUAAAUCAAACCGGCUGGAUAAGUAUCCCUGCGAUACAGUCUUUGGAAUCUUUACUAAACACCGGUGGUUCCUUAUGGUUCGUCACGAAUAUAGUGAGAGAAGUACUGAAGUAUCGUUAUCAGGUGGAAUUGGCCCAUGCCGUAGAUCUGGCGUUUGCUAUUUUCCAUCUCGACAUCGAGAACUGUACCUUAGAUCUCAUUCAACAUAUCAUUCCACAAUAUUUAUACAACUCGUUGCAUGAGGAGCUUGUAGAACCUCAGUCUUCGAUAUUAGCGAAGCUUUGCGUAUAUUGUAUAUUUUCCACGUUAGAGUAUCACAAUUCGAACCCUUGCCGCGGGAACAAUCGAAAACGAGUACGCCGAGAUUUGGACGCGGAAGAGCUCGACGCCCUAGGCGUACCGGCGAAUAAGAUUUUACGAUUGAACGAGACAGGAGACGGUAACCCGAUAUUCGGUUCGCAAAGCCCGCAAGCUCAAGGGCAGACCAACGGACAGAAAUCGGUUGUGCUCAGGGAACCCCUUAUGUCAGCGAUGAACGGAUUGUUCACCAUAUUCACAUUUCUCGCUGGUAGGGACGGCGAAGUGUCGCAGCAGACUCAUUUCAUACUUCAAUUUCUACGUCUGAUGGUGCAGUGCGGGAAAGAUAGGACACGGAUAGUAUUACAAGGAAUGCCGCAGACGCUGGUACCUUGUCUUUUGAAGGCGCUGCCCGAAUUGUUCACGACUGAUAUACUGUUAAGAUUUUACGAUGUCCAGACAGCGGCUGGGAGAAAAGCGACGGCCCGUGAUUUGUGUAUGCUAAGGAACAUCAGUCUGAAACCUUCGAAGUAAUUUAUACUUAGAAGUAAGUAUACACGAUAGUCAGAUGUUGAUUGUAUAAUUACUUUUCAAAUACACGAAUUUAAUAAAAAAAAUGUCUCGUG